GAGCAACAAGAAGCGGUCACGCUUCUGCAGCAACAAUUUUUUUGUUUGGCGUUUGAGAAAAAUUUUUAAAACACGACGACUUGCGGUGACAGCACGAUUUCCCCUGCUGCUGACGAGAUCGAGCCAGUCCCAACAUGUCGCAACAACGCGCCACGGAGCAAAAUGCAGCCAGCAGCAACAACAACGGCGAUGUGAUUAUGCUGGACGACGACGACGAGGACGAGGAUGUGCAGUUCGUGGGAAUUGUGCGACCCAGCACCACCAUCAUCGAUCUCUGCCUGUCGCCCUCCACUUCCGCGGCGGCGGCUGCCGCCCGUUCCGGAAACGGAAGUGCAGAUGAUGCGGGAACAGGAUCCGGAUCAGGAGCUGCUGCAGCGACUUCCGCUCCCAACUCCCCUGUUUCAUCAGCGGGAGAUGCGGCGAAAUCAAUCGACGUAGAUGCAGCUAUAGCAAUAAGUAGCGGGGAUUCCCCUUCCACAGCGGCUGCUGCCUUGGAGUGUCCAAUCUGCCUGCAAACCUGCAUCCAUCCAGCUCGUCUCCCCUGCGGCCACAUCUUUUGCUUCUUGUGCGUUAAGGGCGUUGCUUACAAAAACCGACGAUGUGCUAUGUGCCGCCGCGAAAUUCCCGCCGAGUUCCUGGACCAUCCCCAGCUUGUGAAUGGCAUUGAGGACAUCUGCACUACUCGUGCGACCGAAGAUGGCUACCAGUGGUAUUACGAAGGCAGAAAUGGUUGGUGGCAAUACGAUGACCGCACAAGUCAGGAUAUCGAAGACGCCUUUAAGAAGGGCGACAAAUCCUGCACCAUUCUGGUAGCGGGCUACGUCUACAUUGUGGACUUGGAGCAGCUGGUCCAACAGCGUCAAAACGAGCCCACUCGCUGCCGGCGGGUUAAAAGAGACCUGGCCACCAUACCCAAAAAAGGCGUGGCCGGUCUUCGGAUCGAAGGCAACCAGGUGACCAGUGACACCAUUUUUAGCAGACCAGCCACCACAGCCAAUUCAGCCACCGUGGCGGCAGCUGCCUCCAGUUUUAUAUCCACCAUUGCGGCGACGGAUGCUGCAAUCAGGAUUGCUAGCGACAUAAUUGGCUCCACGCUGGCCCAUGCGGACGAGCUCACACGGGGAUUUGCAGCUAGUAACAUCAGCGACGAUCCGAGCAGCAGCAGCAGCGGUGAGCAAACCAACUCCACAAACCCACAGGAAACAGGGCGCUCGCCUGCCUCCUCACCUGCCUCGAGUUCCAUGCAAGACCUGAUCACGCGGGACCUGAGGAACACCCAACAGGUGAUCGCCCACAAUCAACACACCAUUGAUCUCUUCGAGCAGGCCUUGAACGACUUCCAGGCGCUUGCUAUGCGCAACUAUGUGGACUCCAGCGAUGAGGAGGAGAACGACCAGGAUCAGGAGCAGGACCUGCGAGAACGGGAGCAGCUGGGGGCGGGCGAGCAGCCACAGUCCGGCGAUAAUCCACAGGGAUUCUAGAAGUUACCCACUUUACAGAAAGCUUACACUAUUGCUAGCUCAGCCCAUAAACUUAAAAGCAGAUCAAUGUUCCUUUUAGCAGAAUUCACUAAACGGAAAGGGGAAUGUUAACUAGAGAAAUGCAGCGCGUACCUGAGAAUAUAUCAACUAAUAUAUAUAUCUAUAGGCUCCGAGCGUUGGACGUUAAACAGAAAUAAUCAAGAACAGAAGGUCUACAGGGUAAACCAACACAUAUUCCUUAAAACUUUAAAUCAGAUAUUGGACCAUAGCGGUUACAACGGACAUAGAAAGAACUAAUCUAUGUAACAUGAUAUUCAACUUUUCUCAAGAAACUUAAUCCAAUUAUAGCAAAAGAAAUGUGUUCUUAGUCGGAGAUGGAACGGACAAUUCUUGAUUAAAGGCAACAUAUAAGAAAUAAAGCUUAACAUUAUUGCCUUUUUUAUAUGGUCUGCCAAACUACAAAUUUCUGUAACACCUCCGAGUAUUAUCUUGCAGUAUCCCACUGUACAUAAAGUCUUAACCAAUAAUUAAUAUUAUAAUGACAAAGAGCUGCAUAUGCAGUUCUAGAGAUCAUAACAUAAAAGUAUCUUCUCGCAGGCUGGUAAAGGCAUAAGUAAAUUUAAUCACCAAGAAAGAGUAGUGUGAAAACGACAAUAUUUGUGAAUUGGGAAAUACUUGACAUAAGUGCGAUUCUUGGGAGGUCAAUUAGGACGAUAUCUCCAUUUACAUAAUUGAUAUUCAGUGCGUUUCUUAAAUUGGAAUGCCUUACAUCUUUAAAAUCUUAGUUCUCACAUCACAAAGUUUUUUGAUUAAGCGUCUCAAAAUGUAUUUCUUACAUCUCCAUGUUUUCGAAACGCACUGUGGUCAGGGGAAUCAGGUCCAGUAUUAAUUAUUAAGUCGCCCCUAAGUGCGUUAAGCGAAAACAGUUCUGUGACAGUUAAAUAUAUUGAUAUUUUUAUUGUAUAAGUUACUAUAACAAAAAUAUUAGGAAGAAAAUUAUUAGUCAGAAUACAAAUGACUACUUGAAGACCUAAUGUUAAUUUGUGCUACAAAGGAUAUACGCCUGAUUUAAUAAUCUCAAUUUUGUGACUACUAUUUA